AAAAUCAAAUGUCUUCUUAAAAAUUUUUUAUGUGGUAGAAGUUGAGUUGUCGUGAGACUGCACUAGCCCUUUGUCUUGGUAACUUAACUAGAUUUUCAUUCAUCCCUUUUAGUUGCAGAGUUUUGGUAUUCUAUAUUUUAUUUUAUUUUUGUGGGGGAGGUAUUCGUAUAUAAUACUAAUAUAACUUAUGAUUUUUUUUUUUAUUUGUUACUUUUUUGGGUACUUUUAGUAACUUAUGAUUAUUGUACGUUGUUAACAUAUUAUGGUGAUUGGAAUUAGAAUUAAAUGAUUUUAAAGAGUACUAUUAUGUGUUUUAGGUUUCGUUCUAUAAUAUUAUGAUGACAAAUAAUAUAGAAUGAAAGGAGUAAUACAGAUGAUUAUGGUAACUGAUUAAUGCCACCUAUCAUUGCUGAGGUGGUUUGAGAGUUUGUGUAUCAUUAAUGAUUUUGGAUGCCUGUAACCUAACUUCAGUUUUAGUAAUUUUUUUUUUCCCAACAUUUCUCCGUUCUGGAAUAGUUGUUAAAUUCUAAAUGCUUAUAAAGAUUAAGAAAUUUGUUGAAAAACAUUAAUGUUGACAAAACUCUAGUGUAAUUUACAAAACAAUCCUUAAGUUUUAUUUGGUUGGAGGAAAUUAGAAAGGAAGAAAAGUGAUAGGAAGGUAAAUGGGAGGAUGAAGAUUAAUUUUUGCCAUUUGGUUGGAAGAGAUGGAGAGAGAUGCUGGUGGGUGUCUUUUUUCAAGGUUUUAGUUAAAAUAAAAUAACAUCUUAAAAUAAUAUAAGGUUAAAAUUGUUAUUCAAUAUUAAUAUUUUUUUCUAUUCGCGAAUGCUACUAUCGUAAAGUGAGAAACUAGAUGAAGGAAGAGUUAUUUUGAGUGUUGGUUUUAAGUUUAUUAUUAGUUGGAUGCAGUUAGAACAUUUUAGUUAAUUUUUUAUUAGAAAAAUUAUGUUUCUUGAUAUCCCUUCAGAUGUUUCACAAAAUAUUAUCCUCUGUCUACCAAAUGAAAAAUUGCUCAAUUUUCUCUAAUUUGAGGCGGUUUCUUACAACCUUCCUUGUCUUACUGCUACAGUUUAUUUUUUUAUUUUUUUUUGUGUAGUGUUAGGCAACAUUUUUCACUUGUUGCUAAAAUCAAAUGUUUCUUUACAUAAAAGAUGUUCAUAGUGAGCACAGAUUUUACAUAUUACAAUAUUUGAAUAGUAUAGUUUGAAUAUCACCUCUAACAAAAGUUAACACUUAUGGAUUUAAGACAAUAUUUAUUUGAGAAUAAGGAUAAUACUUUAAAAAAAAAAAGUGUUGUGUAUACAUUUUAGGCAAUACUUUUAAAGUAUUACUAAAAUAAAACGUUGGAGGAGAAUUGGAAUUGAUGUUUUGUUUGCUCCAUUCUUGCAUGAAUUCCGAGCGUUUUCAUUCAAGCUAAUGUUGUCGACUAGCUAUUCUUCUGAAGGAGUAUUUGGGGAUACCAUUAAAUCAGCUACUCACCUGCCACCAACUGCUAAAAAGAAAAAGAAAAGAAAAAGAAAAGAAAAGAAAAAAAGCAUGCAAUGCACACAUUUAAAGUUGGUUGUAGCAUUAGUGGCAGAUUAUUGUUGUCCAUCAAUCUUUUCUCAUUCUUCUGUUUGAUAGGGAGAGUCAUCUAGCGAGUUGAAGUUGCAUUACAAUGAGUGCAGGUCCCAGCAAACAAAAGCCAGGUCCCAGCAAACCAAAGCCAGAUCCCAGCGAACCAAAGGCAGGUCCCAGCAAACCAAGGGAGCCAGAUUUCACUGAGGAAUUCAAAGUUCAACCUAGAAAAGACCAGUACCAGGAAUUUAUCUCUAGAGUGCGCCAGCAAGUAGUCCCAAACCCUGCUGAUCCUACUUCUACUCCUCACUCUACUCAUGGUCUUCCUGCGCUUAUCCCUGAACAAACUAAUCGGAGCGAGAUUCGACUCUUCGAUUUGGUAUUAAAGGCAAAUAAUGGAGUUCCUCACACUGUCAUACUCCGAUUUAGAAGGGACAACCUCUACCUAAUUGGUUACCAGAUGGAAAAUGGAAAUUGGUUAGAGCUAGACAACGAAAAACAUGAGCACUUAAUUACAGGUGCAGAAUGGUUACCCUUUGAUGCCAGCUACGGGGGAUUGGCAGCAGCUGCUGUUGCUGAUGAAAAUAAGCAAGCUGCUGAUGAAAAGAAGCAAGCUGCUGAUAAAAAGAAGAAAAAACCCCUGGGUGUUGAAGACAUCGCCGUUGGCUCUAAAAGCCUAGGAAAUGCGGUAAUUCAACUCGCUACAUCUGAAGUCAAUCGCAAUAGGGCAAAGAGUUUAAUGGCUAUGAUUGUGAUGAUUUCUGAAGCACUUAGGCUGAAUAACGUACGGCAAUUCGUGGAAGAGAAUUACGAGCAAGGUAGCACGAUUCGGCAGGGGAUGGAUGGAACAGAUUCACGCUUCAAACGACUUGAUGAUGAGAUUAAGGAUUGGAGUCACUUAUCAAAAACAUUGUUUUUCUUGGAUGCAUGCCCCUCUGAGCCAAACAGCAAUAAUGUCUACCAAAGCGGCGGCAAAGAGUCCACCUACAAAAGUGCACUGCAGAUAAUAAAAGACUGGGGUGGUAUUCAAAUUAUCAUUGCAUUGUUGGGCAUUGUCAAGUAUUUUUGCUUCAAACCACAGCCACGCAAGCCCAGGGCGGCCGUGGAAGAUGGAGGUGAUGAUGGGCAGUGUAUUGUAAUUGGAUCAGAGCUUCUCGAGGGAUGUGAUGAUGGGCAGUGUAUUGUAUUUGGAUCAGAGCUUAUCGAGGUGUUCUCGAUACGCAUUGACAACAAUUACACACAUGCACGCGAGAUCUAUGGAAUAAUCACAGCUACUGAUGCACUAAGGACCCAAAUAAUUUAUAACACCUCAAAAGACAAUCCUGAGUACAUCAAUCCAGGCCCAAAUGAUGUUUUGCUUACUGGACCAUCUGAAGAAGCCAUCUCGGCCCUUGGCGAGGUUACUAUCCAGUUUCUUCUCAAAGAAAAGGGCAGAAACGACGGCAAAGAAGUCAUCCUUUAUCAAGGCUUGUACUGGAGUUCCUUCAAAUUUGGCAAUGUGUAUGACAAACCCACAUCCAAGGCAUUCGACAUAGAUGGGGGUCGCUUGAUCAUCAAUUAUGGCGUGUCUAGACAUGCAGCAGCUGCUAAAGUGAACAUAUCCAAGUUUAAAGGAGGGGAAAACACAAGUGAAGUUUAUGGGAAGGUUUCGAGUUUAGCUGGUUGGAAUGGUGCUGAUGCCACAAGCAUCUUGUUCCAGAGAGAAAAAGGAGAUCGCGUCACAGUAAACCGUGGGGAACUCAUUCCAUUGUCGAGAUCCAUUGUAGUUGUACCAUUGAGCAGCUCCACUCUCAAAGUCACAGUGCAGGUAAAUCAUCAUAACAUGAUAUUUCCCGACGUAGAACUUGCUAAUGACACCAUCCAGCUUGAAACAAAGGAAUCAGGCUCAGAUCAGAGGGCCAUCCAAGAAACGGAUACUGCGCUCUUCACUCCAGAUGAUUCUGUGCUCUUAAUGGUUGUCGAUUGGGCAACUCCAAUUUGAUUAAGUGCGUAAGUAGGUGGUGGUGGCAUCAUGUGGGAAUAUCAUUUAGUGAGUGAUAAGUGUCUAAUAAUAAUGCUAUUUAAUUAGUGUGCAAUUAACAUGUAAUCUUUUUAAAUAAUGUGUCAUAUUAUCAUAUUAAGUGUGUUGUGUGUGAUAAGACUAUCUUGAUGUAAUAUGGAGUAUUUAAGUGUAUAAUAAAUAUUUUCAUCCUACGUGAUAUUUUAUGGAGGAAUAUAAAAUCUUGUUAAUUUUAGCUUUUAAGAU